UCUCCCUUAGCGGUUCCGGUCGGAAUUACCCGGCAGCGCACGCCGACAUGGCUGCGCUGGUAGGGAAAGGUGUGCGCGACAUGCUGAAGCGUGCGGACUUCAUGACGGUCCCGCGGAGACAACGACAUAAGAAGAAAUGGGCUGCCACAGAGCCCAAAUUUCCUGCCACUCGACUGGCUCUGCAGAAUUUUGACAUGACCUACGGUGUGCAAUUUGGGGAUCUUUGGCCAUCGAUCCGGGUCAGUCUCCUUUCAGAGCAGAAGUAUGGUGCACUGGUCAAUAACUUUGCCGCCUGGGAUCGUGUGAGUGCUGAGCUGGAGCAGCUGAGUGCCAGGGACUUCGUGAAUGAAGCUAUCUUCCAUGGGGAACCAGAACCUGAGAAUGGCCAAACUGCAGCUCCACCCCCUGCCUCCUGGGCCUGCAGUCCAAACCUUCGAUGCUUCACUUUCGCCAGAGGGGAUGUCAGCCGUUUCCCUCCUGCCAGGCUUGGCAGCCUGGGUGUCAUGGAUUACUACCUGAUGGAUGCUGCCUCCUUGCUGCCUGUCCUGGCCCUCGGCCUGCAGCCUGGUGACACCGUGCUUGACCUGUGUGCCGCCCCUGGGGGAAAGACACUAGCAUUGCUUCAGACUGGCUGUUGCCGCAAUCUCGCUGCCAAUGAUCUCUCCACUUCACGAGCAGGCAGACUACAGAAGGUCCUUCACAGCUAUGUGCCUCAAGAUGUCAGGGAUAGGAAUCGAGUUCGAGUCACAUCAUGGGAUGGCAGGAAGUGGGGAGAACUGGAGGGGGACAUCUAUGACCGGGUGCUGGUGGAUGUGCCCUGUACAACAGACCGCCACUCCCUUCAUGAGGAGGAGAACAACAUCUUUCAGCGUUCAAGGAAGAAGGAGCGGCAGAUGUUGCCUGUGUUGCAGGUGCAGCUUCUUGCGGCUGGACUCCUUGCUACCAAACCAGGAGGCCACGUUGUCUAUUCCACCUGCUCACUCUCACACUUACAGAAUGAGUAUGUGGUGCAAGGCACCAUCGAGCUCCUGGCCAAUCAAUAUGGCGUCAAGGUUCAUGUGGAAGACCUGACUCACUUCCGAAAGCUUUUCAUGGACACAUUUUCUUUCUUCCCAUCCUGCCAGGUUGGGGAGCUGGUAAUCCCAAACCUCAUGGCCAAUUUUGGGCCUAUGUACUUUUGCAAAAUGUGUAGAAUGACGUAGCAUCACCCUGUUCCUGAAGUCCUGUUGUAGGAAGACAAAGGGUGUACUCUUGUGAAGACCAGUGGCAGAGGUGCACUCUGGCCUAUCUCCAUCCCAUUCAAGUCUUUCUAUAGACAGUUUUCAGCAGUAGGAAGUAAGAGUUUUUCUGUCCUGCUGUCCAAUUGUGGAGCAUCAGCACGUUUCUAACUCACUUAUUACACUCCACUUCCAACCCCUACUCCCCAUCUCUGAGCCUGUGCUAAAGGUUCCUGCCCCAUUAGGGGCUUAGGAGGAGGAACCUGUGAGCAGGGCCACUCUUUAAGCUGUAAACUUGGGAAGAAGCAUUUAGCCAAUAAAAUUGUUGAAGCUCCAUGGA